GCGGGGAUAACCAGGCCCGGCGGCGCAAAGGGUAUCGGGCGGCCGGAGGCCCCGGACUGUAGCGGAGAUGGCGGUCGAUAAGGAGCUGUUGCAGUUGGACCUCUAUGCCCUGCUGGGGGUCGGGGAGAAGUCUUCGGACAAGGAGGUUAAGAAAGCAUACAGGCAGAAGGCUCUGACUUGCCAUCCAGAUAAGAACCCAGACAAUCCCAGAGCAGAGGAACUCUUCCACCAGCUAUCUCAGGCCUUAGCCGUACUAACAGAUGCAGCAGCAAGGGCGGCAUAUGACAAAGUGAGAAAAGCCAAGAAGCAGGCAGCAGAAAGGACUCAAAAACUUGAUGAGAGAAGAAAGAAAGUAAAGCUUGACCUUGAAGCCCGGGAACGAGAAGCCCAAGCUCAUGUGAGCGAAGAGGAAGAGAUCCGAAUAACCAGGACACUAGAACAAGAGAUACUACGCCUGCGGGAAGAGGGCUCCCGGCAGCUAGAAGAGCAGCAGAAACUCAUGCGGGACCAGAUCCGACUUGAGAGAGAGCAACGAGUCAAAGGCAAACAAGAUGGGAAUGGAGUAGAAGGCAAAGGAACUCCCAAGCUCAAACUCAGAUGGAAAUGCAAGAAGGAUGAUGAAACAAAAGGGGGAUACUCAAAAGAAGUUCUCCUGCAAAUCCUGCAGAAGUAUGGUGAAGUGCUGAACUUGGUGAUCUCAAGUAAGAAGACUGGGAGUGCAGUUGUGGAGUUUGCUACAGUUAAAGCUGCUGAGAUGGCAGUGAAGAAUGAAGUUGGUUUGAUUAAUAAUCCUCUAAAGAUUUCCUGGUUAGAAGGCCAGCCAAAGAACAAUCCCAGCACGAAGUUCCCUGAUAGCACUAGCCAGCCUAGAGCUUCUCAGGAUUCUGUGGUCUCGGAGCGGGAUUAUGAAAGUUUGGUUAUGAUGCGGAUGCGCCAAGCGGCUGAGCGACAGCAGCUGAUUGAGCAGCUCAAACGGGAAGACGAGGAAGAGUCACAUACAUAGCAUGAUAAAAGCCAGCAGAGAGAAAUAUAACUUCAGCAGACAUCAUGAAGAGCUUAAACCUUGAGCUUACCAAGUUCCAGUAACCUCUGAUGCAUCCUGAAGAAUUCACAUUAACCACCAAACCUUCCAACUAGUGACAGACACUGCAAUAUGGCAUGAAUGUGCCAAAUUGGAACUUCUAACCUAAAUGAUCUGAAGGCUCGAGCUGGAAAAAAUUAGUUGUGGUGCUCUCCCAAGCUUAGCCUGCUGGGGACACCAAAAUGAAACUCACAGGUGCCUGGGCAGAUGUUCAAAAUAGGAUCACGUGCUCGGUUGGGCUCCUCCAGUUUGGGAUUUGGAUAAAACCUGGAGCAGGGCUAGAUUAAAAAAUAGGCACAAUAGACACAUGCUUUGGGCUCAGCCUCCCAGCACUGUGGUGAAGGCAGAAUCUAAGCUCUCAUUUAUUUAUUUAAAAAAAAAAGUGCUAGCCUUCAUAGUUACAAGAAAAGCCUGGACAUGUGACCCACCUGUAACUGAUGCAGUGACAUCUGCUUGAGUCUGCAGGCUGCCUCCAGCAGCACAGCAGUCACAAGAAGGAAAGCUGGCCCUACACCUACCACCAAAGACGACCAGACCCCCCACUGGCUGGGAAAGUGGCUUAGAUGCCCUGCUGGCAGUAUAGUAUUGGCUCUCCCCUUACUGGGGCUCAGAUCUCCCCUCAGCUCCACUCGAUGGGUCAGACUGAGGGUGGGAAAAGGUGGUGGUUUUAAAUGACAUGCCACUCAGCAGAUUGUGCAGCUCUGUACAAUGUGAUCAUCCCUCUUUCUUAUAGGCAGUGAAAUAGUUAAUUGUAGUGUUAUAAUUAGGCACCUGAGUUAACAUGAAUUCAGGCACAAUUCACCUCUCUUACAGCUUUUAUUUCAGGCUCUCUGCAAACUCAGACCUAAAUGCAUUGGUUUGUGAGUGAGUUUCGGGCUUUUAAUAAAAUGCUGGUUAUACAACUUAAUUAUGGAAUCACUACUGUGGACCCAGAACACAGUGAAAUCCAACCAUUGUGAAGCUUCAUUUACAAUGAGGUAGACAGAAAAUCCUGAGUUUCUGUUUAAGUAGCUCGGUUAGGGGAUACUACAGUCAGUCUUGGGGGAGCUCUAAAGUUUUGUGGAGGAGGAACUUUUCCACAUAGGAAGCUGAUCAAAUCUCUACAAAUAGUUCUUCUGCGUUUUUUAACCCAAGCUAACACAUCCUUAUUGCGACGCUGAUAGCCAAUUUGAAUUCCUACAUCAAAGCUUUGUUGAUGGGCAUCCACGCUGAGUUGCUGGGAGUUAAGCUUUGCUCUUCCUAUAGUAAACGUUUCAUGUCAUUCCAAACAGGUUCUGCUCGGCUAAUGCCCUUGGAAUGCAGCAACUGUCCUCAGUGGGAGUGAACUGCUGCAUUCCAAGGGGGUUAUUUUCUUCACACUCCCUGUCUCCUCUUGCUCAACCCCAGCAGUGGGAGGAGGCAGCAGGGAGCUGCUGCUCUUUACUGUGGCCAUCAAGGACUAUCCUGUACCCAAGCCAUCCUAACAAAUGGGUGGGGUGAUAAUUAGCUUGCACUAUUUACAAAACACCUACUAGCCUGAAGCAGAUACAAAAUAUGAGGGGCAGGAGGUGGGUCCUGGGGCCAACUCUCUGGUGGGAAGCCCAGCCUCCCACUGUGGGACAUGAAUAGAUUCUGGGAUUGCUAUCAGAUACUGUACCUCAGUCAUUAUUUGCUUUUGCAACUGGUUCUGACUAGGAGGUGUCUUACAAAUUUGAAGCUCCUCCCCUGGGAGUUUCUAGUGUUAUUCCUUCUUUAAAAAAAAAACAAAAACCUGGUGGUGAUUGCAGCAGUGAGAUAAGGAUACAUCCACUGCUUUACUGUAAGCCUCCUUUUUUCUGGGGUCCUCUUACCCCAUGCAUUACUCGAUUGUGUUCCCCUGUUCAUAACCCCCUCGCUGCAGCACAAAAAACUCAAGAAAUUCAAUGUCAUUGCCACCUUGUGGUUUUGAAUAGCAGCAUGAAACUGAUCAGAGACUUGUAAAUUCCACCCUGUUGCCACUAAUUAGGCUAAACUAUGGGGCAGAAGAGGCACUAGAACUGUGUCUUCAAAUGCAGGAAGACAACACUGCACUGAUUUAUGUUUGGAAGGCUCUCUUCAAUCAUAAGGACUAGAACUUUUUCUUCCCCAACUGAGAAUUUAAGUUCUGUAGGGGUAGAUGACUUAGGCCUCCAUUUGCCAGGGUGAUGAGUGAGCAAGGAGUUUUGCAAAGCUCUGAUAACUAAAGUUUCAAGAUACAGGUGGAAAAUGAGUAGGGCUCCUUCUGUGUAAUUAAUGCUGUGGGUUUUUUUCUCCUCCACCAUUCAAAGAUGGAGGUGGACUCCAGUCAGCAGAGAGAUGUAAUAGCUUCUCCUCCACUGUUUUAAUGAUUUUUUUCAAAGAGAAAUAAGCAGAUCAAGUAAGAAUGGAUUUUGGAUGCAAACAACAUGUCAGAAACACUUACAAGUUAUACUAAAGUGGAAGGUAGUGUCAAAAUCAAUGCAAGCAGCAAAAUAAUAUGCAGGGAUCUAGAGGAACUAGAACUAUGGACAGAAAACAGCAUUAAAAAUUCCAGUUGGAAAAAUACAAACUAAUGUGUGUGUGGGGAGGGGGAACUGGAAAUUCACUGCCCACUGAAGUCAAUGAAAAGGCUCCUAUUGAUUUCCAUGGUCACUGGUUCAGGCGCUCAAAAGGGACACCUGGACAACAGCAAUGCAGAGAGUGGCUAAACGGUGUCAGCUUGCAGUGGACUCUAGCAGCUUAAGAGGCCAGGAACCAAUUCAGGAAACCAGGAAGUGAGUCAUUCUCGAUGCAGCUCUGGUGAAACUGCACCUGGAUUAUUGUGUUCAGUGCUGGGCACCUGAGUACCAGAAAUAUUAAUGGCUGCAGGAGUUCAGAUAACGGCAACAAAAUGAUUAGGGUGCUGGAUAAGGGACUGAAUCAUGAGGAAAGAUUAAAAAGCAAACUCUGUCUAGCUUGGGUGACCUAGGAGAAGGAAGGUGUGCACCAUGAUAAGCGACAUGUGUCUGAUGAAGUGGGUAUUCACCCACAAAAGCUUAUGCUCCAGUACGUCUGUUAGUCUAUAAAUUGCCACAGGACUCUUUGUCGCUUUUUAAAGAUAAAGAUAUUUGGAGACUGUAAACAGCAAGGACAUUAGGGUGGUAAAAUGGGAACAUCCCUACAGAAAAAGGAAAGACGUAAGCUUAGCAUCAAGAAAUGCUUCCUGGCAAUGAGAUAUAGUAGUACUGUAGACGGUGACUUGCUGCUGCAGCAUCCUAGGCAAGUCACUUCGCUCCUCUGUGCCUCAAUUUCUACCCACUUACAUCCUGGGGACAGAGACACUAUGGCUAUGUCUACACUGCAAUAAAAUACCUACGACUGACCUAUGUCAGCUGACUUGGGAUUGCAAGGCACAGGCAGCAGAGUUGUAAAACUGCAGUUUAGAGAUUUAGGCUCAGGGUAGAACCAAGCUCUGAGACCCUCCCGCAUUGUGGGGUCCCAGAGCCCAGUCUCCAGCCCAAGCCCAAAUUUCUUCACUGCAGUUUUUAUAGCCCAGGAGCCCAAGUCAGCUGACAUGGGCCAGCUGCAGGUGUUUUAUUGCAGUGUAGACAUAGUCUUGCUGAUCUUUGAGGCUGACAGAUGAAAAAUCCAAUAUAAAUAUUAUUUGCAGUGUAGCUGUAGCCAUGUUGGUCCCAGAAU